AGUAGUCUUCAGGAUGUAAACAUGAUCACUGUCACAUGAAAGAAACGCCAAAAUGGUCUUCGAGAGCUUGGUGGUGGAUGUCUUAAACCGAUUUUUAGGUGACUAUGUUGUCAACCUUGACAGCUCACAGCUCAAGCUCGGGAUCUGGGGAGGUGAUGCAGUUCUUCGGAAUCUUGAAAUAAAGGAAAAUGCCUUGAGUCAACUGGACAUUCCCUUUAAAGUCAGAGCUGGUCACAUAGGGCGUCUGGAGCUAAAGAUACCAUGGAAGAACCUCUACAACCAGUCUGUGGAGGCCACACUGGAUGGUGUCUUUCUGCUUAUCGUCCCCACAGCAAGUAUAAAGUAUGAUGCAGAAAAGGAGGAAAAGCAGCUACAGGAGGCUCGCCAAAGAGAACUGCAGCGGAUAGAAGAGACAAAACUGAAGGCUGCUGAGCAAGAGAAUCCCAAACUGGAAAAACAGGACACUUUUGUUGAAAAACUUGUCACCCAGGUCAUCAAAAACCUGCAGGUGAAGAUCUCCAACAUCCACGUCCGCUAUGAAGAUGAUGUCACAAAUCCCAGCCGCCCUUUGUCAUUUGGCGUGUCUCUUAAAAACCUCAGUCUUCAGACAGCUGAUGAGAACUGGAAUCCCAGUCUUCUGGAUGAAAAUUCCAGACUUUUCUUCAAGUUGGUGCAAUUAGACAGCUUGUUUGCCUACUGGAAUGUCAACUCAGUCCUUUUCUCCAAUCAUACUUCAGAUGAUGCCUUGCAAUGUCUCCAGAGCAGCAUGGAAAUCAACCCCUCGUUUCCUGUCUGCCAUGAUUUCAUUUUUCGUCCUAUCUCUGCGGACGCUAAAUUGCGGAUGAAUCCGAGGUCAGAUGUGGACUUCUCCUCUCCCAAAGUGGAUCUGAUGGUCAACCUCAGUGAGGUGGCCAUUGAGCUCAACAGAAGCCAGUACAUUAGCAUCUUGGAACUGCUGGGCUCAGUGGAUAUGAUGUCCCGUAACCUACCGUACAGGAAAUACAGACCUGAGGUCCAAGUUCACAAGAAUGCUGGAAUAUGGUGGAGGUACGUGAUCUCAAGCGUUCUGGAGGUGGACGUAAAGCCGCGGCUCCGCAUGUGGUCGUGGCGGCACAUCCGCUGCCAUCGGCAGAUGGUGAAAUGCUACAGAGAGCUGUACAAGACGAAGAUCACCAGCAAGAAACCCAGUGAGGAGCUGCUCAAGCAACUCGAGGAGCCUGAGAAGACCUUGGAUAUCUUUAACAUCACGCUGGCCAGACAGCAGGCUGAAGUUGAGGCAAGCAAAGCAGGCCUGCGUAUAUACCGUCCAGGGGUGAAGAUGGAGGAAGAGGAGUCACAGGGAUGGUGGGGCUGGAUGUGGAACUGGGGAGGAGAUCCUGAAACAGAAACAAAAGAGGUCAAGACUGGAGGGUUCGAUGAGCUUUUAACCCCAGCAGAGAAAGCCAAACUUUACACUGCCAUUGGAUACAGUGACACUGCUGUUAAUCCCAACCUGCCAAAGAAUUUUGAGGACAUGAAGGUCAACUUCCACAUGGAGAGGUUAAUUAUAUCCAUCAAAGACAACAAGGACAAAAACGAUAUCAUCAGGCUGACCGUGGGAGAGCUCAUGUCUACACUCACACAGAGACCUGGAGCUCAAGCCAUCAAACUCACAGCCCAGCUUACUUUGUUUGAGGUCACAGGCCUGGCCCACAACCGACCUGCACCCACCCUCCUGUCAUCCAGGAAAGCUGCCACCGGAGCCGGGACCCCCCUGCUCUGCUUCCUGUUUGAGACCAACCCACUGGAUGAGAGUGCCAACCAGCGACUCCAUGUGGAGUCUCAGCCUCUGGAAAUCAUCUAUGAUGCUGUAACAGUCAACAGCAUGUCGGCUUUCUUCAUGCCUCCCGAUGACCUGCAGCUGGAUGAACUCACCAAUGCGACCCUGAUGAAACUCGAGCAAUUCAGAGAUCGCACAGCCACAGGUUUAAUGUAUGUGAUAGAAACACAGAAAGUUCUGGACCUGAAGGUGAACCUGAUGGCCUCGUAUGUCAUCAUUCCACAAACUGGCUUUUACAAUGGCUCCCAGAACAUCAUGCUGCUGGAUCUCGGUCAUUUUCAGAUGUCCAGUCAAAGUAAGAAGAAUCUGCCUCAGCUGUCCGUGUGCAGCAGCAACAUCGAGGACAUCAUGUCCAGAGCGUACGACAGCUUCGACAUACAGCUCAGCAGCCUGCAGCUCAUUUAUAGCAAACCAGGUGACGACUGGAAAAAGGCUCGGAAACAGAAAAGAUCACCGCUUCACAUCCUAGAGCCAGUGGAUCUAAAAGUGAUUUUCAGCAGAGCGAUGGUCGUCAAAGACUCCCGCAUGGCAAAGUACAAGAUGUCUGGAGAGCUCCCUCUUCUGUCUCUCCGCAUCUCUGAUAAUAAACUUCGAAGUGUUCUGGAGCUGGUUGACAGCAUCCCACUGCCUGAGAGCAAACCUGCUGCACGCAGUGCCACGUCGGGAUCAAAGCCGAGGCAGUCGUUCACUCCUCAGCUCACUCCCAGAAGACCUCUGAACUUGGCUGACCAGCGCUCCUCUCUCAUUUUUGAGUCGUGCGAGACCAUCAGCAUCACUUCACUGGGAUCAGAAGAAGACUUGUUCUUCGAUGCUCCCAGCUCUCCUAUAGGAGAUAAACCGUUCUUCCCAGACAACCCCAUGCCGCUGCGCUAUGCAGAUUUAAGCAAGAGGAAAAGUCUCAUCAAGGACGACGUUCAGAAGAACAUGACAGACCUCAUCUUGACGUUUGAGAUCAGUGAGUUUUCUGUGGAGUUGUGUCGUCUGUCUGGAGGUCAGGAGGUCACAGUGCUCCACCUGGACAUCGAGGGUCUGGGCACUGAGCUGAAGCUGCGCACGUUUGACAUGACGUCCAACACUUACCUGCGAGAGAUUUGCCUCAAGUGUCCAGAAUACAUGGAUUCAGAAGAUAAACAAGUUCAGCUGAUUACCACUCUAGACAACACAGAAGUUGAUCUGCUCACCCUGGAGUACAUCAAGGCUGACAAGAAAGGUCCUGAGUUCAAGUCUCUGCAUAACAAUACAGAGCAGCUCAUCAAGGUGACCUUUUCCUCCCUGGACGUUCAUCUCCAUACGGAGGCUCUUCUGAAUGCCAUGAACUUUCUGAACAACCUCCUUCCACCAUCGACCAAGAAGGAAGGAGGGCAGGACGAGCUCCCGACCAUCCCCGAGGAGGACGAGGCCGAUGGAGAAAAGGAGGGCGAGAAGAAAGAGGAAACCACUGUAGCCAAGAAGAAAACUUCCAAAACUUCGAAGUUCGCAGAUGUUGUUAACCUGCAUAUCAGAGCUGAUCUGCGCUGCCUGAAGGUUUACAUCCGAGGACAGAAAGCCAGGAUAUCCGAGAUCAGUAUUGAAGGACUGGUCGCUGAGGUCUUGAUGAGGAAGAAAGAGAUGGAGGUUCUGGCCAACUUGAAGAACAUUGUGAUCCUGGACUGCAAUAAAGAUGCCUUUUAUAAGAAGGCUGUGUCCAUUGCGGAUAAGGAAGUGUUUGAUUUCCGCAUGGUGAACUAUACAGACGCAACAGAAGGAGACGCCUACCUGGACAUGUCUAAAGUUGACACUGCUGUCACCCUGACGGUGGGAUGCAUUCAGGUCAUCUUCCUCAAUAAGUUUGUCUCCUCCAUACUGGCAUUCAUCAAUAACUUUCAGGAAGCUAAAGAGGCGCUGGCCGAGGUGACGGUCCAGGCUGCAGAAAAAGCAGCCUCGGGUGUGAAGGAGCUGGCAGAGCGGAGCACUCGGAUUGCCCUGAAUGUCCACUUCAAUGCGCCCGUCAUCUUCCUCCCCCAGUCCUCCUCGUCCUCAAACGUCAUUGUGGCUGACCUCGGUCGUUUGUCAGUGAAGAACCACUUUGUCAAGCAGCCCUUUAAAAGUGACGCAACGAUCCCGCCUGUGGUGGAUAUCAUGUCUGUGAUACUGACUGAUCUGAAGAUGUACAGAACAACUUAUGUAAAUGAAGGUUUUCAAGGAGAAACGCAGCUGUUGAAGCCAGUCAGCCUGGACUUGAAAAUCCAGAGAAAUCUUUCAUCCAACUGGUACCACAGCAUCCCUGAUAUAGAGAUCACAGCUCAUCUGAAGCCCAUGGCGCUGAUCCUCUGUCAGGAUGACAUGACGGUGGUUCUGAGGACACUGAGUGAAAACCUCUCGGAGAAGUCCGACGCUGUCCCACCUCCAGCCGAGCUUCCCUCCACUGAUCAGUCCUCUGACUCUGCUUCCCACAAAGACUCGCCGAGCUCUGGGGCCACCGGACCGUCCAGCAGCAACACAGUCGUGACCGCUGCUGUUGUGGAGACCCAGAAAAACAGCAAGCUGAAGACAACCCUCAAAUUAGACUUCAAGUUUGACUCCCUGACGCUGGUUCUGUACACUCCGCAUGAGAACGAGAUUCAGCCGUUGGACCCCCAUGAUGAGCAGUUGAAGCUGGCAGAGUUUACUCUGGGCACCAUCUCCACCUCCAUCCACAUGUUCUCCAACGGCUCCAUGAAAGCCUCGGUCCGACUCUCUGCAUGCCUUCUGGACGACAAGAGGCCAAGAAUCAAAAUGGUCACCCCAAGGAUGAUGGCGAUGCGUCCCGGCGCAGAACAGAACAUGAUGGUGGAGGUGAACUACCGCCAGGGCCAGGACGGCACUACUUUAGACACCCUGGUGCAGGACGUGUACCUGUGUGCCAGCAUGGAGUUCCUGCUCACCGUGGCAGAUAUCUUUCUGAAGGCCUCCCAGCAUGGCUUUGCUCAGGUGCCACCUACCAAGAACAGCGGCGGUUCUGGAGAUAAGAAGAACAUCAACUCCUCCAUCGCAUCGAAAGAGUCCACUGCCGCUCCAGCCACAGUGUCAAAGACGGAGAUGAAUGUCGUCGUGCGAAACCCGGAGAUCGUGUUUGUGGCCGAUUUGACGCGUGCGGACGCCCCGGCGCUUGUGAUGACCACACACUGUGAACUUGUGAUGAAAAAUGGCGCCGACGGAUCCCAGAUGACUGCUAUUAUCAAAGACCUCAAGGUGGUGGCAUGUCCCUUCUUAAGGGAGAAGAGGAAAAACAAUGUAACCACAGUCCUGCAGCCUUGCCAAGUGUUCUAUCAGAGCACUCAGUCUCCGACCUCUCCUCAGACGAUGGAGGUCUCAAUCAAUGCUCUCUCACUGAAGGUAUCGCCGAUCAUCAUCAAUACGGUGAUCACCAUCCAGUCAGCGCUGACGCCCACGGCGGAGACGCCCGAAGAGCUGGACAGCCCCGUCCCCGUGGACCUGUGGGAGAAACGCAGCUGGAAGGAGUUCAAGUUCUGGUUCCUGGAAGAGGCGGGAGAUGAAGAUACAAAGGCUGUGGUCCCUCUGAUUCCAUCGGGGGAGUCCUUACAGGUGACCAUCAGAUCGAUCUGUCUGACUCUGGAGGCUGGAGUCGGACAUCACACUGUCCCGAUGCUUCUGGCGAAGUCCUCCUUCCACGGAGAUGUAAAAAACUGGUCCACACUCAUCAAUUUAAACAGCGAGCUCAACCUAGAGGUUCACUAUUUCAAUGAAGUUAUGGGAGUGUGGGAGCCACUGCUGGAGCCUUUGGAAGAUGAGACGAGAGAUAGUUUCCGACCAUGGAGACUGGAGCUGAAGAUGAAGAAGAAGCAAAUGAAACACUCGGGCCUGUCAGAUGAAGUGGAUUUCAAUGUCCCGGACUACAAGACAGUCAUUGUUUUCAGCAGUGAAGACCAGCUCAAUAUCACUCUCUCCAAAUGUGGACUGGCCAUGCUGAGCAACCUGGGCACGGCGUUUGCAGAAGCGGCCAAGCAGACAGCAGAGUGUUUUCAAAAGGACGAAGCUCCAUUUAUCUUGAAGAAUCGCCUGGGCCUCCCGGUGUCUGUCCGCCACAGUGAGAUGUUUUGUCCCAUCGGGCAGCAGAGCACCAAUUACACAGUGGAGCUGCAGGACGGGGAAACCCUUGGGAUGGAUUACUCGGCCACAGCGGAGUCUGACCAGUUCUCAGCUAUGAUUUCCUUGAGUGGAAAAGAUUACUACAUACAGCCAACUCCAGUGGGACACACCUCCACGAGUGUGAUCCCCCUGAUCAAGGUGGGCAGAGGGAUGUACAGCGUGAUGCACAAAGACUCGGGGGUGACUCGCUUCCUGGUCUGUCAGAUUUACUCCGUCGAGGGCAGCAAAUACAUCAAGAUCCGGUCGCCAUUCCAGAUCAUCAAUCAUUUCUCCAUACCAUUCAAAGUCUUUGAAGGAACUACGUGUCUGGGAACAGCUCUUCCCACUGAGGAGUUCUGCGUGCCUCUGGACUCAUACAGGUCGGAGCUGAGCCUUCAGCCGGUGGCGGAAGACGCCGCCGAGGGCCAGUGCGAGCAGUUCGAGUGCUCGGAGGGCUUCAGUUACGAGGACCUCGUCAACCAGCAGCCCGAGACUCGCCUCCAGCAGACCUGCCGCCGCGCCGGACCUCUGGGCGGCGUGAUGACGGUCAACAUGGUGCCGGUGAAGGACGCGGUGACGUUCAAACACACGGGAGGCGUCGGGGAGAACUUUGACGUGCCGUUUGUGCUUCACCUGUGGCCGUCUAUACUGCUACGCAAUCUGCUGCCUUACCCCAUCACCUACACUCUGAAGGACUCUGGAGUGUGUGUUCCUGAAGCCACUCUGGACCCCGGCCACUCCGCUCAGCUCCAGACUGCCGUCAUCGACCAGUCAAGUCUCGACCUUCGCCUUCUCAACUACUUGGCUCAGGACUGGUCUGCUGAAUACAGUCUCCAUAGCGACCAGGAAGAGAUCACCUUCAUCGUGUUUCAGUCUCUGCGAGUGGAUGACGAAGACGACGGCGAGGGGGAGGAGAGUAAGAGGCCCGAGCUGGACAUAGCGGUGCACGUCAAGAACGACCCGGGGCAGAUGGUGAUCGCCGUCCACUCCCCGUACUGGAUGGUGAAUAAGACGGGCCGCCUGCUGCAGUACAAGGCCGACGACAUCCACCGCAAACACCCGCUGGACUACGACAUGCCGCUGCUCUUCUCCUUCAAGCCUCGCUACUUCCUGCGCAACAAUAAAGUCCGUCUCAUGAUCUCGGAGAGCGAACUCUCAGACGACUUUUCCCUGGAUACCGUCGGCAGCCAUGGAGACGUAAAAUGCAAAGGCCGCUAUAAAGAUUAUUUGGUUGGCGUGAAGAUCGAUGCGAGCAGUUUCAGUUUGACCCGAAUCGUGAGCUUUGUGCCUUUCUACACGCUGGUCAACACAACAAAGCACACUGUCUUCAUCUGUGAGGAGGGGCAGGAAAACUGGACCGAAGCACAGCCACAGCAGUCAGCGAUUCCCUUCUGGCCUGAAAACGACACCAAGAGGCUAAAAAUCAAAGUGGAAGGCUGUUUGUCGCCUCCUCUGAUAAUUGACUUCACACGGCCAGAAAACUGUCUGCUGCUGCAUCUGGACAAGUCUGUGGGGGGGAUCAUUGUCGACGUGAACCUGUCUGAGCACUCGGCCACGAUCCGGUUCUCCGAGUACCACGAUGGUGCCGCCCCCUUCCUCAUCAUCAACCACACCAAAGACCAGACGCUUCUGUUCCACCAGAGCGUCCGGACAGGAAGCACGUGGGUUCCUGACGAGCUGCUCGACCUCUCCUUCUCAGUGGAGGAGGACAGCUCUCAGAAGGUGACGGAGCAGGAGAACCUGGAUCCUGGAAAAGCGGUGCACUACACCUGGACCGAGCCCACCGGGUCCCGGGAGCUGUGCUGGAGCUGCGGCUCUUACAGCGGGAAGCUGAAGAGUGAGGAGGAUCUGCUUGAGAACAUUGACAACAAGGGAAAACUAUUCGUGAUUUCCUUUUACGAAGGUCUCCAGCGUGUCGUGCUCUUCACUGAGGAUCAGCGGAUCUACAGGGUGCUCUGUGAGAACGAGCGGGUGCAGCUGGCGGAGCAGGAGAUCAUCCUGUCGCUGCAGAACGUCGGCGUGUCUCUGGUCAACAACAGCAGUGGGCAGGAGGUCUCCUUCAUCGGUAUCACAAGCUCGGAUGUCGUGUGGGAGGCGAAGCUGAAGAAGAAGAAGGGUCGGUGGAAGCCUCUGACCACUAAAGAGACGGACAUGCUGGAGAGCAGCUUCAAAGAUUACCUGGAGUCUGGACCCGUGGACAACGGCAUCGUCGAACUGGAAUCCGGUUUCCAGGUGUCCUUCACUCCCAACGGCAUGGACAUGCGGAUGCUGCAGCCCACCGAGGCUCCUCUCCGGAGGCACUUCCUCCCCGGAGUGAAGGUGGAGUACAGCGUCUCUCCUCGGCAGAGAGCCUACCGGGUUCAAAUCAACCGAAUACAGAUCCAGAACCAGCUGCCGGGGGCGAUCUUCCCUUAUGUUUUUUACCCUGUGAAGCUGCCAAAGUCUAUCACCAUGGACUCAGAACCCAAGCCGCUCACCGACAUCAGCAUCAUCACCAGAGCAGCAGGGCACUCGGACAUCUCUCGCAUCAAAUAUUUUAAGGUACUGAUUCAGGAGAUGGAUCUGAAGCUGGAUCUGGGUUUCCUUUAUGCCAUCCUGGACCUGUUCAGUUCAGAGAACGCCAUCACCAUGACUUCGGAGCAGGAGGUGGAGCUGUUUGAGAAGGACAUUGAGUAUAUAAAGACAGAACUGGAUCACGUCUCAGCUGCUGACACGUCUCCCAUCAGCCUCUACGAGUACUUCCACAUCUCCCCCAUCAAGCUGCACCUGAGUUUCUCUCUGAGCUCCGGAGGAGAGGACGGCUUGAAGGAGAAGCGAGAUUCGGAGCUCAUCCCUGUCCAGUCGCUCAACCUGCUGCUGAAGAGUAUCGGAGCGACGCUCACCGACGUGCAGGAUGUUGUGUUCAGGCUGGCCUUCUUUGAGUUGACCUUCCAGUUUUGUACCACUCAGCAGUUACAGUGGACGGUCAUCAGACAUUAUUCUAAGCAGGCCAUCAAACAGAUGUACGUUCUGGUGCUGGGCCUGGAUGUGCUUGGAAACCCCUUCGGCCUCAUCAGAGGAUUGUCAGAAGGAGUGGGAGCUUUCUUCUAUGAGCCCUAUCAGGGAGCGAUCCAGGGUCCUGAGGAGUUUGUUGAGGGAAUGGCUCUUGGGGUGAAGGCUCUGGUCGGAGGAGCUGUAGGCGGCAUCGCAGGCGCAGCCUCCAGGAUCACGGGCGCCAUGGCGAAAGGCGUCGCUGCGAUCACGAUGGAUGAAGACUACCAGCAGAAACGACGAGAAGCCAUGAACAAACAGCCCAGUGGUCUGAGAGAAGGACUGACCAGAGGGGGGAAAGGACUGGUGUCUGGAUUUGUCAGCGGGAUCACAGGAAUUGUUACCAAACCUAUUAAAGGGGCGCAGAAGGAGGGGGCUGCGGGCUUCUUUAAAGGCGUUGGUAAAGGUCUGGUUGGUGCAGUCGCCAGACCUACGGGGGGCAUCAUCGACAUGGCCAGCAGCACCUUCCAGGGGAUCAAGCGAGCUGCUGAGACGUCGCAGGAUGUCGAGUCUCUCCGUCCUCCUCGCUUCAUCCACGAGGACGGCGUCAUCCGGCCGUACAAACAGAGGGAAGGCCUCGGCAGCCAGAUGCUUCAGAAAAUCGAGAACGGUCGUUUUGCCAAGUACAGAUACUUUGCUCACGCUAAAGUCAACGAGUCGGACUUCCUCAUGAUCACCAAGAGGGGGAUAUUUUUUGUGACCAAAGGAACGUUUGGCCAGCUGACCUGCGAGUGGCAGUAUCUGUUCGAAGAGUUCACCAAGGAGCCGAUGAUUGUAGAGGACCGCCGCCUUCGCAUUGAGGCCAAGGAAAGAGUGAAAUCUGUCUUCCACGCCAAAGAGUUUGGGAAGAUCAUCAACUUCAAGACUCCUGAGAUUGCCAAGUGGGUUCUCACCAAACUGGAGGAUGCAAGAGAGAGUUUACCCAAAUACUAACUCGUCAAGGAGACGCAAACAUGCUCAACACACCGUCACACAGACGGAGCUCUGUGUGUGCGUACACGUGUGCGUGUGUCAGUGCCUUUGUUCUUUACUGCAUGCCAGUUUAGUUUGGUUUUUUUUUUUCCUCCGUGCGCAGUGCACAAACUUCACGCUGACAGCCGGGUGUGUGUCUGGGCCUCAAAGUGUGCAUGUGAACACAAGUGCUCCACACACUCGCAUUCACCACAGCGACAGAAUGCAUCACUCUGACAUUGCACUCUUCCUUUUGCACAUCAGUAGUAUUUUUUUUUUUUUAGAGACACUAUUAUUAUAGUAUGAUCACAUCUUGGAAUAUUCUGCUUAAAUCCCGAGAUGCUGGCUCGUGCCACUUUUCUGUCAGUUUGCCAUAAGAUGUUCUCUGAAACAUGCUCUGUGUCUUUAAUUACACUCUCUUUGAGGGUUAGAAACGGCUAAUCAUUAGAAAAAAAAAAAAAAAAAAAAAAACAACUUGAAUACCACCGAGGCCAAAUUAACAACUGUUGUAGCACAUUUCAAUUAUUUUACUGGGUUACACAAAAGGGAAAAAAAAAAAAAAAA